UCUGACAUCUGGGGCCGUUGCGGUUCGGACAGCCCGGGCCUGACAUCGCCGUCACUCAGCCUGCACACCGGUCACCCAGCGCUGCGAUAUCUCUGUACAUCGCGCUGCCCCGGAGCCGCUCUCCCACAGCCCCGGCCAGGCCUGACAGCAGCCGGUACCAGUACCGGGGACGGUCCCCGAGCAUCCCGAACCCAGGCAAAAACACCUCAUGCACAGGCAGACUUUUCUGACAAUUCCAAACAUGACAUUUACAACACGUCUGAUCCAUGGCUGUUGCUGAGUGUUGGGGUGUAGCCACAAGCAUUGCAGUGUGGGAGGAGGACACAUGGCAGUAGAGUAAACCAAGAUGGCUGGCAUGAUGCCCCCUGUGAAAUUGAAGUGGCUGGAGCACCUGAAUAGCUCCUGGAUCACAGAGGACAGCGAGUCCAUUGCCACACGGGAAGGAGUUUCUGUACUGUAUGCCAAGUUAGUCAGCAACAAAGAGGUGGUGCCACUACCCCAGCAGGUUCUAUGCCUCAAAGGACCUCAGCUGCCAGACUUUGAACGGGAGUCCUUGUCGUGUGAUGAGCAGGACCACUAUCUGGAUGCUCUUCUCAGUAGCCAGCUGGCCCUGGCCAAAGUGGUGUGCUCGGACUCGCCCUUCGCCGGUGCUCUGAGAAAGCGGUUGCUGGUUCUGCAGAGGGUUUUCUAUGCACUUUCCAAUAAAUAUCAUGACAAAGGCAAAGUAAAGCAGCAGCAGCACUCCCCCGAGAACAGCUCGGGCUCUGCGGAUACCCUGUCAAUUAGUGAGCGACCCCGAUCUAGCACAGAUGCCCUCAUUGAAAUGGGUGUGAGGACUGGCCUGAGCCUACUCUUCGCCUUAUUAAGACAGAGCUGGAUGUUGCCAACUGUUGGGCCCGGUCUAAGCCUCUGCAAUGAUGUCAUCCGAACAGCCAUUGAUGUUGUUAAUUCUCUCCCCCCUCUGUCCCUAGCCAAUGAGAGCAAAAUUCCUCCCAUGGGCCUUGACUGUCUUGCACAGGUCACUUCUUUCCUUAAAGGGGUGACUGUCCCAAAUUCAGGUGCGGACACCCUGGGCCGACGUCUGGCCUCUGAACUUCUCCUAGGUCUGGCUUCUCAGCGUGGCUCACUCCGUUAUCUCUUGGAGUGGAUUGAGAUGGCUUUGGCGGCUUCUGCUCUGGUUAGUGAGACCGAUAAGAACAAGGCCCUGACGUCACAGGAGGGAAUGAUCAGCUGUGACUGCUUCAUGAGCAUCCUUCAGCAGAUGAGACGGUCUUUGGGUUCUUCAGCAGACCGUAGCCAGUGGAGAGAACCCACCAGGACAUCUGAUGGCUUGUGCUCUCUGUACGAGGCCGCUCUGUGCCUGUUUGAGGAGGUGUGCCAGAUGGCUUCAGACUAUUCCAGAACCUGUGCCAGUCCCGAUAGCAUCCAGACUGGUGAGAGUCCGGUCGUGUCCGAAACCUGCGAAGUAUAUGUUUGGGGAAGCAACAGUAGCCAUCAGCUAGUGGAAGGAACCCAAGAGAAAAUCUUACAGCCCAAGGUGGCUCCCUGUUUCUCUGAUGCACAAACCAUUGAAGCUGGACAGUACUGCACUUUUGUCAUAUCCACGGAUGGCUCUGUGAGGGCUUGUGGAAAAGGCAGCUAUGGGAGGCUGGGACUAGGAGACUCCAACAAUCAGUCUACAUUGAAAAAGCUAACCUUUGAGCCACACCGCUCUAUCAAGAAAGUAUCGUCCUCCAAAGGGUCUGAUGGACACACACUAGCGUUUACCACUGAAGGAGAAGUCUUCAGCUGGGGUGAUGGUGACUAUGGAAAAUUGGGCCAUGGAAACAGCUCUACACAGAAAUACCCAAAGCUUAUACAGGGGACACUGCAAGGAAAGGUUGUGGUUUGUGUGUCGGCUGGUUACAGACAUAGUGCUGCGGUAACAGAAGAUGGGGAGCUGUAUACGUGGGGAGAAGGAGACUUUGGAAGACUUGGCCACGGAGACAGCAAUAGUCGGAACAUCCCAACUCUGGUAAAAGAUAUCAGUAAUGUUGGGGAAGUGUCUUGUGGUAGCUCCCACACCAUAGCUUUGUCCAAAGAUGGAAGAACUGUCUGGUCCUUUGGAGGAGGGGAUAACGGAAAGUUGGGACAUGGUGACACUAACAGAGUAUACAAGCCAAAGGUGGUGGAAGCACUUCAGGGAAUGUUUACAAGGAAAGUGUGUGCGGGAAGUCAAUCAUCACUAGCCCUGACAUCGACUGGACAGGUCUAUGCUUGGGGAUGCGGAGCAUGCCUGGGAUGUGGAUCUUCAGAAGCCACAGCUCUGCGACCUAAACUUAUCGAAGAACUGGCUGCCACUAGAAUAGUUGACAUUUCUAUUGGAGACAGCCACUGCCUUGCUCUAUCUCACGAUAAUGAGGUUUAUGCAUGGGGGAACAACUCAAUGGGCCAGUGUGGGCAAGGCAAUUCAACUGGCCCCAUCACCAAGCCAAAGAAAGUGAGUGGGCUAGACGGAGUAGCUAUACAGCAGAUCUCGGCAGGAACCUCGCACAGCCUGGCAUGGACAGCCCUUCCCAGGGACAGACAAGUUGUUGCGUGGCAUCGGCCUUACUGCGUUGAUUUAGAAGAGAGUACCUUCUUCCACCUGCGCUCUUUUCUUGAGAGAUACUGCGAGAAAAUAAACAGUGAUGUACCACCCUUACCCUUUCCAUCCUCCAGAGAGCACCACAGUUUCCUAAAACUCUGCUUGAAGAUGCUGUCCAACCAUUUGGCAUUGGCUUUGGCUGGUGGAGUUGCCACAAGCAUUCUGGGCCGUCAAGCAGGACCACUCCGCAAUCUGCUCUUCCGGCUCAUGGAUGCCAGUGUGCCAGAUGAAAUUCAAGAGGUUGUCAUUGAGACUCUCUCAGUUGGAGCCACGAUGCUGCUACCACCUCUCCGGGAGAGAAUGGAAUUGUUACACUCGCUCCUACCACAAGGACCCGACAGAUGGGAAAGUCUUUCCAAAGGCCAGAGAAUGCAGCUAGACAUCAUACUGACCAGCUUGCAGGACCACACACACGUGGCUUCAUUGCUGGGGUACAGCUCUCCUUCUGACACCUCUGAUGUCUCCUCUCUACCACUUUCAUACGGUGCAACGUCCGACCCGAACUACAUUUCACAGGGAAGCCACCCAGAUACCCACUUGGCGGAAAUCCUGAUGAAAACACUCUUGCGAAACUUGGGCUUCUAUACAGAUCAAGCGUUCGGCGAACUAGAGAAAAACAGCGACAAGCUAAUUAUGGGCGCAUCAUCGUCUGAAAACACCCAGCCAGCCCAUCUCCACGAACUGCUGUGCUCUCUGCAGAAGCAACUGCUGGCAUAUUGCCACACGAACAAUAUCAGUGAGAACUCUAGCAGUGUCGCUCUGCUCCACAAACACCUUCAGCUUCUUCUGCCCCAUGCCACAGACAUCUAUUCCCGAUCUGCCACAUUGCUAAAGGAAAGCCCGUGGAACGGGAGCGUGGGAGAGAAACUCCGUGAUGUCAUCUAUGUUUCUGCAGCUGGUAGUAUGCUGUGCCAGCUUAUUAAUGCCCUGCUGUUGCUACCCGUCUCGAUAGCCAGGCCUCUUCUCAGUUACCUGUUAGACCUGCUCCCACCCCUGGAUCGCCUCAACAGACUCCUACCUGCAGCUGCUCUGUUAGAAGAUCAAGAGUUACAGUGGCCCCUACACGGAGGACCAGACCACGUUGACCCUUCAGGGGUUCUUCUGCCUGCACCAGCGCAGUCAUGGGUUUGGCUCGUAGAUUUGGAGAGGACGGUUACCCUGUUGAUUGGUUGCUGCUUAGGGGGCAUGCUGCAGGGAUCCCCCAUAUCUCCAGAAGAACAGGACACAAACUAUUGGUUAAAAACACCUCUGUUUGGAAAUGGUAUUGAAAUGGAUGUUCCUCAACUGGACAAGUGUAUGAGUGCUCUUCUUGAAGUGGCCCUUUCUGGUAAUGAGGAGCAGAAGACCUUUGAUUACAAGCUGAGACCUGAUGUGUCCAUUCUGGUCGAUUUGGCCGUGGGAUCAACCAAAGAGCCAGCACGCAGUCUGUGGAUCACUAUGCAGGAUUAUGCAAUUAGCAAAGACUGGGACAGUGCCACCAUAAGUAAUGAAUCUCUGUUGGACACAGUUUCUCGCUUUGUCCUCGCAGCCCUACUAAAACACACUGAUCUGCUAUCCCAGGCCUGCGGAGAGAGUAGGUAUCAGCCGGGGAAGGCACUGGCUGAGGUUUUCCGCAGUGUAUACAAGGUGCGGAGCCGCCUUUUGGCUUGCAAGAACAUGGAGCUGAUCCAGACUCGUUCCUCAUCUAGAGAGAGAUGGGUGUCUGAAAACCAGGAGUCUGCUGAUCUGGACUCCCAGGAGAACUGCUUCACUAGAACCAUAGAUGAGGAAGCUGAAUUGGAAGAGCAAGCCGAAAGGGAAAGGGAAGAGGGACAUCCGGAGCAGGAAGAGGAAGAAGAGGAGCGGGACCAUGAGCAUCUAACAGCUGGCAAAAUAUUUCAAUGUUUCCUAUCAGCCCGCGAGGUGGCGCGCAGUCGGGAGCGGGACAGGAUGAGCCUGGGCUCAGAAGUAGGCUCCGGACCCGGGGCUCGUGGAGAGGAGCAGCAUCAGCAACUUGUGCAGGGAAGGAGGGACAGUGGGCACCCGACUGAGGGACAGGACUUGUACACUGCAGCCUGUAACUCUGUGAUUCAUCGCUGUGCCCUCCUCCUGCUCGGGGUCAGUCCAGUAAUCGAUCAUCUAGAGAAGCCAAUGGAGGAAGGGCAACAGCAAUCACCACCAGGGAGCUCCAGUGAGGCCUCCGCUGCUAUGACAAGGAGUGAAAGUCUAACUGCAGAGAGGAGAUCAGUUCACACACACCCUAACUACAGGCUCAUCAAAUCCAGGAGUGAAUCCGACCUCUCCCAACCAGAAUCAGACGAGGAAGGUUAUACGCUGAGCGGCCGACAAAAUACAGACUCUGACCUAGCGUCCUACAGGAAGCGAGGCUCGCAAUUGGAACCCCCUGCCAGCGACUCUUGGGCUCGUUUAAAGCACAGCCGAGAAUGGCUGUGUGGCUUUGAGACCGAUGUGGAGAAUGGGAAAACGCUUGGAGUUCACACACUUAUUGAGAACGCACUCAGUUUUGUCAGUGGAGAUGUGGGUAGCUCCCCUGGGUUCAAAGAGCCUGAAGAAGGCAUGUCUACCUCUCCCCAAGCCUGUAUUAUUGCUAUGGAACAGCAUCAGCUUCGUGCAGAGCUGCGAUUGGAAGCCUUGCACCAGAUUCUCGUGCUGUUGUGUGGAAUGGAGGAAAAGGGAAAUACGCAAAAUCUGGGCAGCCGCCAACCUACCGCAUCCUUCCAGUCUUCCUCGCUGCUCACUUCAGUCAGGCUCCAGUUCCUGGCCGGCUGCUUUGGCCUUGGCACAGUUGGUCAGGCUGGUACAAAAGGGGAGAGCGUCCAUCUACAUCACUAUCAGGAUGGUAUUCGAGCAUCGAAGCGAAGCAUUCAGACGGAGAUCCAAAAGGCUGUGCACAAAAUCUACCAGCAGCUUUCUGCCACGCUAGACAGAGCUCUGCAGGCCAACAAACACCAUGUGGAAGCUCAACAGCGACUCCUGCUUGUGACUGUCUUUGCUCUCAGUGUGCGAUACCAACCAGUGGAUGUCUCUCUUGCAAUCUCCACCGGCCUGCUAAGUGUUCUUUCCCAGCUGUGCGGAACAGACACCAUGCUGGGGCAGCCUCUUCAGCUGCUGCCCAAAUCUGGGGUCUCACAGCUAGGCACCGCUCUGAAAGUAGCCAGCACUAGGCUGCUCCAGAUACUUGCAAUAACUACAGGGACGUAUGCUGAUAAGCUGAGUCCCAAAGUGGUCCAGACUCUGCUAGAUCUUCUCUGCAGCCAGCUGAAGAACCUUCUGUCUCAGGCUGGGGUAAUGCUUAUGGCUUCCUUUGACGAUGAAGUAGAAGAAAAAAAGGCAGAACUGAUGGAAGAAAUUGAAAAGAAGGAUUUCAGAGCUACACUCAGGAAACAGCGCACAGCCGAGCUUCACCUGGGGGACUUCCUGGUCUUCCUGCGAAGAGUAGUGUCUUCCAAAGCUAUCCAGUCCAAAAUGGCAUCUCCUAAAUGGACGGAGGUUCUGCUGAACAUUGCGUCCCAGAAGUGCAGUUCCGGUGUUCCACUGGUGGGAAACCUUAGGACAAGACUUCUGGCUCUGCACGUACUGGAAGCUGUGCUGCCUGCUUGUGAAUCCAGUGUGGAAGAUGACCAGAUGGCCCAGGUAGUGGAACGGCUGCUUUCCCUUCUCUCAGAUUGUAUGUGGGAAGCCCCCAUUGCUCAGGCGAAACACACAGUCCAGGUCAAGGAGAGGGAGCAAGAGACCAAGCUGCAGAAGCAAGGUGAGGUGGAGGAUGAGGAGGAGGAUCUUCCCAUACAAGAAGUCUCCUUUGACCCAGAGAAAGCCCAGUGCUGCCUUGUAGAGAAUGGACAGAUUCUCACCCAUGGGAGUGGUGGUAAAGGAUACGGACUGGCAUCUACAGGCGUGACCUCAGGCUGCUACCAGUGGAAGUUUUAUAUUGUGAAGGAAAACCGAGGAAAUGAGGGCACGUGCGUAGGUGUUUCUCGCUGGCCUGUCCACGACUUCAACCACCGCACCACUUCAGACAUGUGGCUCUAUCGAGCCUACAGUGGAAACCUCUAUCACAACGGAGAACAGACACUAACUCUGCCCAGCUUUACACAGGGAGAUUUUAUCACCUGUGUCUUGGACAUGGAGGCACGGACAGUGUCUUUUGGCAAGAAUGGGGAGGAGCCAAAGUUAGCAUUUGAAGAUCUAGAUGCUGCGGAGUUGUACCCAUGUGUGAUGUUUUACAGCAGCAACCCAGGAGAAAAGGUAAAGAUCUGUGACAUGCAGAUGAGGGGGACUCCUAGAGAUCUGCUACCCGGGGAUCCAAUCUGCAGCCCGGUAGCGACCGUUUUAGCUGAAUCUUGUGUGCAGCUCCUAAGAGUUCUUCACCGCACUGAUCGCUGGACUCACUGCAUUAACAAAAAGAUGAUGGAGCGUCUGCACAAAAUUAAAAGUUGCUUGCGUGAAGCUGGUGGCAAGCUAAAGAAGAGCCGCUCUGUGCAGAGCAGAGAAGAACACGAGGUCCGAGAGGAAAGGGAGGAGGAAAGAGGGAAGCAUGGGAGACAUGGUUUGUCCGAGCUUGGGGAAGCCCAACUGAAGACACUCUGUGUGGAGGUGUGGCCGGUUCUAGCAGUCAUCGGAGGAGUGGAUACUGGACUCCGCGUGGGAGGGCGCUGCGUACACAAGCAGACCGGUCGGCAUGCCACCUUGUUGGGGGUGGUGAAGGAAGGCAGCACUUCUGCCAAAGUACAGUGGGAUGAGGCCGAGAUCACAAUCAGCUUCCCAACUUUUUGGUCGCCUAGUGACACCCCUCUUUACAACUUGGAGCCUUGUGACCCACCUCCCUUUGAUGUGGCUCGUUUCCGCGGGCUGACGGCCUCAACACUGCUUGACCUCACAUACCUGACAGGGAUCCAUGAAGAUCCAAGCAAAGCUAGCGCUAAACGACACGAGAAGAAGCACCGUCACGAGUCUGAAGAGAAAGGGGAUGCAGAACAGAGAGGAGAACCAGAGAUCACCACUGACUCAAGGACACAGGAAGAGGGAAAACCACCCAGCAGUGCAACCUCUAAAUCCGAAAGUGAAACACUUGGGCUUCCGGGAGAAACCUCCAUGGUUGACUCUCAGCAUCAUUCUACAGAUGGAAAACGGAAGAGCCAUGAUCACAUCCCCCGAGCUCACGAUGUAGCCCAGUCUGAGAUUAGAGCUGUACAAAUAUCAUACAUCAACUUGGGUGCCAUGAAAUCUCUGGGCGCACUGCUCAGUUGCAGCAAAUAUGCAGAACUUCUGCUUAUCCCCAAAGUUCUGGCUGAGAAUGGUCACAACUCGGAUUGUGCCAGCUCCCCUGUGGUCCAUGAGGAUGUGGAGGUGAGGGCAGCCUUGCAAUUUCUUAUGCGUCACAUGGUGAAAAGAGCUGUCAUGCGCUCACCCAUAAAGAGAGCCCUUGGACUGGCUGAUCUAGAAAGGGCACAAGCCAUGAUUUACAAGCUGGUCAUCCACGGCUUACUUGAAGAGCAGUACGGAGGCCGAAUACGACAAGACCUAGAACCGCAAGCAGAAGAGACUGACCAUGGUCAACAAGCUCAAACCCCAGUCACCACAAGCCCCUCGGCUUCCAGUACCACCUCGUUCAUGAGCAGCUCCCUGGAAGAUACCACCACAGCCACCACUCCUGUUACCGACACAGAGACUGUGCCAGCAUCAGAGUCCCCUGGAGUAAUGCCUCUUAGCUUGCUAAGGCAAAUGUUUUCGAGUUACCCAACCACUACAGUGUUACCGACUCGCCGUGCCCAGACCCCUCCCAUCACGUCUCUGCCCACAUCACCCACAGACGAAGUGGGCAGACGGCAGAGCUUGACAUCCCCCGACUCCCAGCCAUCGAGACACUCUAAUCGUACAGCUUUAUCAGACCCCAGCAGCCGGCUCUCCACUUCUCCCCCUCCUCCCGCAGUGGUUGUUCCUCUUCUGGAAAUGGGAUUCUCAAUCAGACAGAUUAAGAAAGCAAUGGAAGCCACAGGUGCUAGAGAGGCAGACCCCCAGAACAUUACUGUAUUGGCCAUGUGGAUGAUAGAGCAUCCAGAUGAUGAGGAGCGAUAUUCUGGCAGGACCCCUGAUCAGUGCCAGAGUGGCCCUAUCACAGGAUCCAGUUGCAAAUCCAGUGAUGUGGCUUAUACGGGAGACAUUUCAUCCUCUGAUGCCCCAGCAGAAAUAGAUGAAUGCUUUUGUGAAAGCCCCGACAGUAUGGAACAGUCUGAGAAUGCAGGAGCCAGCAGCGGGCAGCAGGCACGGGGCAGGUCCACCGUCACAAGGAGGCAGAAGUUUGACCUGGCUGCGAGGACACUUUUGGCACGAGCUGCUGGAUUGUACCGCACUGUUCAGGCUCACCGCAGCCAGGGCAGAAGAGAAGGAGUCUCUUUGCAGCAGGAACCCGGAGCUCUAUAUGACCUCAAUCUCGAUGAAGAGCUGGAAAUUGACCUGGAUGACGAGGCAAUGGAGGCAAUGUUUGGACAGGAUCUAGCCAGCGAUAAUGAUAUUCUGGGAAUGUGGAUCCCAGAGGUACUGGACUGGCCAACAUGGCACGUGUGUGAGACAGACGACCGGGAGGAGGUGGUGAUUUGCGAGCUCUGUGAGGCCAGUGUGCUCAGCUUUAACCAACACAUGAAGCGGUACCAUCCAGGCUGCGGUCAUAGUGCCAAUCGCCAGGGUUAUCGCAGCAAUGGCUCAUACGUGGACGGCUGGUUUGGAGGGGAGUGCGGCAGUGGAAACCCAUAUUAUCUGCUCUGUGGGAGCUGCCGGGAAAAGUACCUGAGCUUGAAGAGCAAACGCAAGGCAUCGGCCUCAGAGAAGUACAAAGGACAUGCUCCAGACUUGAUUGGGAAACAAGACAGCGUUUAUGAAGAAGACUGGGACAUGUUGGAUGUUGAUGAAGAUGAGAAGCUGACUGGAGAAGAGGAGUUUGAGAUUCUCGCCGGACCUCUUGGCCUUAAUGACCGCAGAAUAGUACCAGAGCCAGUCCAAUUCCCCGACAGUGAUCCCCUUGGUGCUUCUGUAGCCAUGGUGACCGCUACCAACAGCAUGGAAGAAACACUUAUGCAAAUAGGCUGCCAGGGUACCUUGGAGAAAAGCUCUUCAGGAAGGGUAACGCUGGGAGAGCAAGCCGCUGCCUUGGUGAACCCACAUGAUCGCGUGAUGGCAUUACGAAGGGUGAUUGCUGCCGCCCAAGUUCUCUUGGCCCGUACCAUGGUGAUGCGGGCACUUUCACUGCUAUCGGUCAGUGGUUCUAGCUGCAGCCUAGCAGCAGGCUUGGAGUCUUUGGGUCUAACCGACAUCCGAACUCUAGUGCGUCUCAUGUGUUUGGCUGCUGCUGGCAGAGCCGGUCUUUCCACCAGCCCUUCUACCACGAUGUCCAUUUCAGUCGACCGCUCUCGUGGUCUGCACAGCAAGACCAGCAAGCCCAUCUCUUGCCUGGCGUAUCUGAGCACAGCUGUGGGCUGCCUAGCUUCCAGCACCCCUAGUGCUGCCAGGCUCCUUGUCCAGCUCUGCACCCAGAACUUGAUAUCAGCAGCUACAGGUGUGAAUCUGACUACUGUGGAUGAUCCGAUUCAGAGAAAAUUCCUCCCCAGUUUCCUGCGCGGGAUCGCUGAAGAAAGAAAACUGAUCACCUCCCCCAACUUUGUCGUGACACAAGCACUGGUGGCUCUUCUGGCUGACAAGGGAGCUAAACUGAGGCCGAAUUAUGACAAGGCAGAAAUGGAGAAGCGAGGUCCCCUGGAACUGGCCAAUGCACUUGCUGCCUGCUGCCUCUCUUCACGGCUAUCUUCCCAGCACCGACAGUGGGCUGCGCAGCAGCUAGUGCGCACUCUGGCAGCCCACGACCGUGACAACCAAAGCAGCCCCCAGACUCUCGCAGACAUAGCCGGCGACCUAAGAAAAUGUUCAUUUAGCAAGCUGGAGGCGCACCAGAACCGGGUGAUCUCCUCUGUGUGGAGUAAUAAGAAGGGGUCAUUAGCUACAAGUGGGAGUGAUGGGACCGUUCGUGUCUGGAAUGUGUCCAAAAACCAGUAUUCGCUGCAGCAAACCUGUGUCUUCCACAAAACCGAGGGAGGAGCAGAAGAAGCCGAUCACAGCCUAUCUUCAGUCUGCUGGAGUUCCAGUGGGAAGUAUCUGGCAGGAGCCCUGGAGAAGAUUGUGAACAUAUGGCAAGUCAAUGGAGGGAAAGGUCUUGUGGAUGCUCAGCCUCACUGGGUAUCAGCACUUGCAUGGGCAGACGAGGAUCCUGGAGGAACGUGGACAAGUGAAUCUCCAGAGUGUUUAUUGGUGGGACGUACGGAUGGAUCUCUGGCUCUGAUCGAGGUUAUCGAUGCCUCAAGCAUGCACCAAGUGGAACUGGAGCACUGUUACAGGAAGGAGGAAGUAGCUGUUACUUGCAUCGCCUGGUUUAGAGAAGAUAGUUACUUUGCAGUUGGAUACGCGGAUGGAAAGUUAUUAUUUGGAAAGAAGGAGGAGAAAGGAGGAAUAGUUCUUAUUGAUGCACACAAGGACAUGUUUGUAAGUUUGAAAUGGGAUCCAAUGGGUUCAAUCCUCUUGACCUGUGCCAAAGAAGACACCGUAAAGCUUUGGGGGAAUACAUGUGGGACCUGGAACGUCCUCUACUGCCUCACUCACCCAUCCUAUGUAAAUGCUAUAGCUUGGUGUGGGUUGCCUGGCAAAGGAGAAAAUCCACAGCUUAUGCUAGCAACAGGGUGUCAGAAUGGUUUAGUGUGUGUUUGGACAGUCCCAUACACUCAGUCAGAAGAAUUUCAGUCCAGACCAGCUGAACCCGAUGAGUGGAGAGAGAUGUCCGCCAGCAAGGAAUUUUGCAGGAAAGCAGAGGACGCACGUUGCGUAUACAAGCUCCGCGGUCACAUUACCCCAGUACGCACCGUGGCUUUCAGCCCUGAUGGUUUAGCACUGGUUUCUGGAGGGCUUGGAGGUCUGAUGAACAUUUGGUCCUUAAGGGAUGGCUGUGUCCUGCAAUCUGUCGUUACUGGUUCUGGAGCUGUUACAACCACGGUUUGGAUUCCUGAGGUCGGGAUUGCUGCAUGUUCCAACCGAUCAAAGGAUGUACUGGUAGUGAACUGCACUGCAGAAUGGAUUUCGUCCAAUCACAUCUUGGCCACAUGCCGAACAGCACUGAGACAGCAAGGAAUUGUGGGAUUGAACAUGGCACCAUGCAUGCAGACAUUCCUGGAGCGACUUCCUGUCAUGCUUCAGGAGCAGUAUGCAUACGAGAAGCCGCAUGUAGUGUGUGGGGAUCAACUGGUGCACAGUCCGUACAUGCAAUGCCUGGCAUCACUGGCUGUUGGACUGACCUUGGAACAUCUCCUGUGCAGCCCACCCAUCCCUCCUCACCACCGUACAGUGCCUGCAGACCCUGCUUCCUGGAACCCAGCAGAGUGGGCUUGGCUGGAGUGUUUCUCCACCACCAUUAAAGCUGCAGAAGCUCUUGCCAGGGGUGCACAGUUCCCAGAAUCCUUCAGUGUCCCUGACCUGGAACCAGUCCCAGAGGAGGAAAUGAUGUUGUUAAUGAAUAACAGCAAAUGGAUCAAUGGUACAGAUGAACAAAUUAUGUCCUGGGCCACAUCUCGGCCAGAGGAUUGGCAUCUCGGCGGCAAGUGUGAUGUGUAUCUAUGGGGAGCUGGGCGACACGGGCAAUUGGCAGAGGCUGGUAGGAACGUAAUGAUACCAUCCGCAGCAGCAUCCUUCUCACAGGCACAGCAGGUGAUAUGUGGGCAGAACUGCACUUUCGUCAUCCAGGCUAAUGGCACCGUUUUAGCCUGUGGAGAAGGAAGCUAUGGUCGUCUUGGACAGGGAAACUCUGAUGAUCUCCACGUAUUGACGGUCAUAUCUGCACUGCAAGGAUUCGUGGUGACACAGCUGGUAACGUCCUGCGGCUCAGAUGGGCAUUCCAUGGCACUAACAGAAAGCGGAGAAGUGUUCAGCUGGGGUGAUGGAGAUUAUGGCAAAUUGGGACAUGGUAAUAGCGACCGGCAAAGGCGUCCAAGGCAAAUCGAAGCUUUACAAGGAGAGGAGGUGGUGCAGAUGUCCUGCGGGUUCAAACACUCGGCGGUAGUGACAGCAGACGGAAAGAUGUUUUCUUUUGGAAAUGGAGAUUAUGGGCGUCUGGGUUUGGGGAACACAUCAAAUAAGAAACUUCCAGAGCGAGUGACUGCUGUAGAGGGAUUCCAUAUUGGGCAGGUGGCUUGUGGACUUAACCAUACACUGGCUGUUUCGUCUGAUGGCAUGAUCGUUUGGGCCUUUGGAGAUGGGGAUUAUGGCAAACUUGGUUUGGGAAAUUCCACAGCCAAAUCCUCCCCGCAGAAAGUGGACAUUCUGUGUGGGAUUGGCAUUAAGAAGGUAGCAUGCGGGACACAGUUUUCAGUGGCUCUUACGAAAGAUGGACAUGUGUACACAUUCGGCCAAGACCGUUUAAUUGGUUUGCCUGAAGGACGAGCGAGAAAUCACAACCGCCCUCAACUGGUACCAGGUCUACUAGGUAUCUUCAUUGAGGAUAUUGCAGUGGGAGCUGAGCACACCCUGGCUCUCUCAUCAGCUGGAGAAGUGUAUGCUUGGGGCAGCAAUUCCGAGGGACAACUUGGACUUGGUCACACCAACCACGUCCGUGAACCCACUCUUACCACGGCGCUCCAAGGAAAGAACAUCCGUCAAAUAUCUGCAGGACGUUGCCAUAGUGCUGCAUGGACAGCACCUCCUGUACAGCCUCGUGCACCAGGUGUUGCAGUUCCAUUACAGCUGGGUCUUCCAGAUGUUGUCCCACCCCAGUACAGCUCAUUGAAGGACAUCUGCACUCACACUGUCAGAGCUAGGCUACGGCUUCUCUACCAUUUUUCCGACCUUAUGUACUCAUCCUGGAGGCUGCUGAACCUCAGUCCCAACAACCAGGUAUCAAAAAGCAGUACAUCUCAUUACAAUGCAGGAACAUGGGGCAUUGUUCAGGGCCAGCUCCGGCCGUUACUGGCCCCCAGAGUCUAUACGCUCCCCAUGGUACGAUCCAUUGGAAAAACCAUGGUUCAGGGAAAAAAUUACGGACCUCAGAUAACUGUCAAAAGGAUCUCAACCAGGGGCAGGAAGUGUAAACCCAUCUUUGUGCAGAUUGCUCGCCAGGUAGUGAAACUAAAUGCCUCUGACUUGCGGCUCCCGUCCCGGGCCUGGAAAGUAAAGCUUGUUGGAGAGGGAGCAGAUGAUGCUGGAGGGGUGUUUGAUGAUACCAUCACUGAAAUGUGCCAGGAACUGGAAACAGGAAUAGUCGAUCUCCUUAUUCCAUCGCCAAAUGCAACGGCAGAAGUAGGAUAUAAUCGGGAUAGGUUCCUAUUUAAUCCUUCAGCGGGGCUUGAUGAGCACCUCAUGCAGUUUAAGUUUCUGGGCAUCCUAAUGGGUGUAGCCAUCCGUACCAAGAAGCCCCUGGACCUGCACUUGGCCCCAAUGGUGUGGAAGCAGCUGUGCUGUAUCCCACUAAUGCUGGAGGACCUAGAGGAAGUGGAUCUGCUCUACGUGCAGACACUUAAUAGCAUUCUUCACAUUGAAGACAGUGACAUCACCGAGGAGAACUUCCAUGAGAUGAUUCCCCUCGAUUCCUUUGUGGGUCAGAGUGCUGAUGGGAAAAUGGUUCCCAUUAUCCCUGGAGGAAACAGCAUCCCACUGACCUUUUCCAACCGCAAGGAAUAUGUGGACAGAGCGAUAGAUUACAGACUACAUGAGAUGGACCGGCAGGUAGCAGCAGUACGAGAAGGUAUGUCGUGGAUUGUCCCUGUUCCCCUCCUCUCUCUUCUUACUGCCCGGCAUCUAGAGCAGAUGGUGUGUGGGAUGCCGGAGAUCUCAGUGGAUGUCCUGAAGAAGGUAGUACGAUACCGGGAAGUGGAUGAGCAACACCAACUGGUGCAGUGGUUCUGGCAGACACUGGAUGAAUUCUCUAAUGAAGAGAGAGUCCUGUUCAUGAGGUUUGUCUCUGGCAGAUCCCGGCUUCCAGCCAACACUGCAGACAUCUCCCAGCGCUUCCAGAUAAUGAAGGUUGAUAGGCCUCACGACAGUCUGCCUACCUCACAGACCUGUUUCUUUCAACUACGGCUCCCACCGUACUCCAGCCAGCCAGUGAUGGCCGAACGUCUGCGCUAUGCAAUCAACAACUGCCGAUCCAUUGACAUGGACAAUUACAUGUUGUCCCGCAAUGUGGACAAUGCAGAAGGAUCAGACACAGACUACUGACCCCCUACCUAGCCUCCAACGUCAUAUCCGGUCUCCCACUUUCAAGCAGUGAAGUGGUUAGGAGAAUAACAGGCAUUUCAUAGAUCCACAGUAUCGUUUUCUUUUACCAAAAAAAAGUAUUUAAUUUUCCCCCUAUUUUGUGAAAUCUACCACAUCGAAAUCGUCUCUCAUGCAGCAUCAAUUGUUGCAUGGAGGGCAGAUUUUUUUUUUUUUUGGUCUGUUUUUUUUAUUUUUUAUUUUUUUGAGAGAGACAGGGCAAAUGGCCGUGGAGCUGGCACGGUUGUCCAGUGUACCCGGUCUGUGUACUUGAAUUGUUGUAUAUUGGUGCACUUAUUGUUCACCCUAAGAGAACCGUUUUACAUGAAUAUUCCUAUUUAUUUUGUUUUAAUUGAGAAAUUGCCUGUGCAGGAUUAGUUAUGCAGAAAAAAAAAUUAAUUAAAUAUACUGA